AUACUCACGCAUAAUGCACAGUCUUGGAUGGUUCAUUGCACAAUGAACAAGGGAGUGUUCUCCUGUUCAUAAGAAACAAGAAGGAAACGUAUUGGAAUAUAUCUAACAUCACAUUUUUUCUUGUUGAUUUGGAUAUUGAUAUUUUUAAGACUUGGAAUACAAUUUAACAAGAAGAGUGAUAAGUUUGGGCUUUCAAAAAGGAAUUAUUGCUGUAGUUUUGCAAGGCCGCUAGGGACAACUUCUCAGGAUGGCCGGAGAAUUUUGUCUUGCGACUUUUAUCAUAAGUUUGAUGUUAUGUAUAACAUUAGCAGCAGAUUCAUCUCCACCCAAGAUCACAUAUCUAUGGCAUGGUGGGAUGUCGGAUAGCUAUGGAAAUCAACCUUUAGGAAAAUACCCUAUUGAUCCUAGGCAACCAGCUGUAUUUAAUUGUGAUGCUGAAGGCAUACCAGAACCUAUAUUUGUAUGGACAAGAAAUGGUAGUAUUAUUAAUAGUGAUGACAGGAUAAGCUUUGCAGGAUCUGGAAGAAAUAUGAGUAUAAAUAAUCCAACGAGAGAUGACAAUGGUUUGUACCAGUGCAAUGCAACCAGCAGUAGGGGAACAGCUCUGUCACAGGAGAUAGAUGCUAUUUUAGCAUAUAUGGAUCCAUUUACCGAUAAGGUAUCAAGUUUUACAAGGCGGCCCAACGAAAAGGUUAUUUUGAAUUGUAAUCCUCCAAAGUCAUUUCCCAAAGUAAAGAUAAGCUGGGCAAUGACAAAGGACCUCAACAACAAGUAUAAACUUAUAGAUUAUACAGUACGUGUUAGCCAGUCAACUACAGGUGACCUGAUAAUUGGUGAUGUAGUUGAGGAAGAUGCAGGAUUUUAUGUUUGUCAAGUUAACAACAUGAUUUUGUCCAAGAUACAGGACUCGCCUGCCAAAAGGAUAGUAGUUUCAGGAGAGCCCACAGGGCCACGGCAACCACAAUGGGUAUCCUUUCCUGACCCUCAAAACGAAGCUCUUGUUGGUUCAGACACAUCUCUUAAGUGUAUUGCAGAUGGCUAUGAAACACCUGACAUUGAAUGGGAAGACUAUCCUGAGAAUGAUGACCGUUUCAGUAUUGCCAGCUUCGGUCAAGAGCUUGUUAUUACCAAUGUGAAACUCUCCGAUUCUAAAGAUUACACGUGUGUUGCUGUGUCUGGAGACUAUGAGAUCAUCAAAUCUUUUGAAUUAAUAGUUCAAGCUGCACCGUCUUGGAUUAAGGAGCCUAAUGAUGUUGCAAUUGCCCCAGGAGAAACUGCCACCAUUACAUGUGAAGCUACUGGUGUUCCACCACCAGACAUUAGUUGGCUCGUCAAUGGAGCAGCACCUGCAACAGUUGAUCGUAGAGUCAUUUCUGGAAACACUGUUACUAUUACCGGAGCAACAACAGAAGAUAAUAGUGUGUACCAGUGUGUUGCUGAGAACAAACAUGGCAAGAUAAUGGCAGAUGCCAUCCUUAGUGUGAAUGUUGUUGAGGCUGAGAUUACAACACCACCAGAAAAAAACAAAGAGGCGGCCGAAGGUGAAUCAGUGACGCUAAAUUGUGGAUAUGUUGGAAGUCCAGCCCCAGUUGUCACAUGGGAAGGCAAAUCUGGUCAGAUUUCUAAUAAUGAUAAGUAUACAGUGAAUGCAGAUGGUAGCCUAACGAUCAAGAAUGUAGCCAAAACAGAUGAAGGUGAUUACACCUGCAAGGUAGUCAACAAAGGAGGAGAGUCUGAAGCUACAGGCAGUAUUGUAUUCAGAACGAAGACAACAAUAGUUCAAGGAGUAGUAGAUACAACUGUCAAGAAGCCAGUUCAGGCCACAUUAACUUGUACCGCAACCUACGAUGAAAAGGCAGAGAUAGUCUGGUCUUGGACUGCAAAUGGUAAACCAACAGGAGAAGUGACCCACGGUAGAUUCCGAUACAACAGUGAUCGUAACACCAUUGACAUUUUAAAGACGAAAGUAUCAGACACGGGCGAAUACUGCUGCACUGCAUCCACGACUUUCGACUCAGCAAAAUCAUGUGGAAAUCUAACUGUCCAAGAUGUUCCGACUGCACCAUAUGAUGUUAAAGUUGUUGACAGGGGAGAUGCUUCAGUUGCUAAGAGAAUAUCCUGGCAACCAUCAAACCCCAAAAAUUCUCCCAUUAUUGAAUACAUCAUUGAAUUUAACACCACCACCUAUGCGGGCUUUCCAUGGAAAGAAUUUAAGAGAACUUCAGAAACGUCUGAUUAUCUCGAACUUGCUGGUGGCUUAACAUACUACUUUCGAGUGAUUGCUCUCAAUGGAGUAGGUCAAUCAAAUCCCAGCCAGGCAAGCAACAGCAUACAAACUCCAGCAGGAUCUCCAACAGUCAACCCAAGCAACGUGGUUGGACAGAGUGAUAAUCCAAACACUAUGGUUAUAUCUUGGGAUCCAAUGGAUGUUACGCAAUAUGGAGGCGAAGGUUUCGCAUACAAAAUUGAAUAUAAGAACACGUCUUCAUCUGUUUGGAUGGAUAAAAUCGUACCAGAGGGUCAAAGUUCAACAACUGUUACGGACACGAAAAUCUACCAGGAAUUCCAAAUUAAAGUCACCGCUAUUAAUGAUAUUGGUGAUGGCCCAGAACCACAAGUGAUUAUUGGAUACUCAGGAGAAGGAACCCCACAAGCUGCUCCUGGGAAUGUCAAUGUCAAUGUGACCUCGCCAAACUCUGCAUUGGUAACCUUUGACCCUGUUCCUGCUGAAUCUCUUCAAGGAAAAUUGAAAUAUUAUAGGGUGUACUACACUGAAUCUGCAGCACAAGUGUCGGGCUCCCUUGAGUCUGUUGAGUGUGGCACACCAUCUUGUGAGGUCAGCAACCUAAAACCAUCAACAGAUUAUGAACUAUAUGUAGUUGUCGCAAAUGGUAAAAAGGAAGGACCACCUAGUGAAACGCAGCGAUUCAGCACUCCUGAAGCUCCUCCCGGUCAACCAUUAAAUUUUGAAAUUGUAAUGCUGUCCAAGAAGAUGAAGCUGUUUUGGGCUCCGGCUACCAGAGGAGGGGAAGUUGAUUCCUACCAGGUCAAAUAUAGUCCAAAAAUUAAUGAAGUACCAAUAGUGCAUAUUGUAAAAUUCCUCUAUCUGCUUUACAGCAAGGAGUGGGAUAAAUUAUUUAAAGUUUUACCAAAUAAAAAAAAAUGGAUACAAUACAGCCGGAUUUGGGGAACAAGAUCUAAUAGAGGAAGCAACAAGAAAAUCUGGAAUGGUGGUGACCAUACUAAUGGUGGUGAUCAUAGUGGUUGUGGUAGUGAUUGUAGUAGUGGUGGUGAUUAUAAUGGUGGUAGUGUUAGUUUUUGUGUUGUUCUCAACUCUUAA